AUGCGCGUCUCGGCCGCACUCAGCAUCGCCGUGACGCUCGGCAGCGCUGCGGCUCAGGGCGGCAGCAUCCUGGGCUUCAACUCCGGCGCCUCGGACGACAAGGGCAACGCAAAGAACCAGCAAGAUUUCGAGCGCGAGUUCAAGGCUGCGAAGAGCCUGAAUGGCGCGCCUGGCGAGUUCAACACCAUCCGCCUGUACUCCAACAUCCAGUGGAACACCCCAAGCACACCCAUUGCUGCGUUCCCAGCUGCGAUCGCCACGAACACAAGCCUCCUUCUUGGUAUCUGGGCGUCCGGUGCCGACAACAUUGACAACGAGCUCAAGGCGCUGACAGCCGCUCUCGAUGAGCACGGCUCGAAGUUGGCGGACCUGGUCGUGGGCAUCUCGGUUGGUAGCGAAGAUCUGUACCGGGUAUCAGAACCUGGUCUGCGUAACAACGCUGGAGUUGGAAAUAACGCCGACACCAUCGUACGCUUCAUCAAGGACGCUCGCACGCGCCUGGCCAGCACGCCGCUCAAGGGCAAGCCCUUCACUCACGUCGACACAUGGACCGCCUGGGUGAACGGCUCGAACAAGGCCGUUAUCGAUGAGAUCGACUUCCUUGCCGUCAACGCAUUCCCCUUCUAUGAGGCCGAGCGCGACAAUCAGAUCAGCAAUGCGGGCAGCCUUCUCAACAGCGCUCUGACAGCUACCGAAGGCGUCGCCGGCGGCAAGGACGUCUGGAUCACCGAGACUGGCUGGGCGUACACUGGUCCUGCAUUCGGCGCCGCUGAUGCUACUGUCGAUAACGCAGGCGAGUACUGGCAGGAUGUUGGCUGCAAAUUGUUCGGCAAGCGCAACGUCUUCUGGUACACUCUGCGCGACGCAAACCCUGACAACGAAGUCAAAUUCGCCAUCACCGAUAAUCUCAGCACCACCCCGCGCUUCAACUUGACUUGCCCGACGGAGAAGGUGGAAUUGCCAGCGCCCGCUCCUAUCACCAACAACUCGACCACCUCCACCGGUAACGGUACGGGCAGCAGCAACGUGACCAACAGUGACAGCACCGCCAGUAGUUCAGCCAGCGGCUCAGCCAACGGCUCAGCGAGCCCUAGUUCGACCGGUGUUGCUCAGAGUACUGGUGUGGGAUCCUUGGUUUCAGUAUCCGUAGUUAACUCCAUGGCUAUGGCGUUGUCAGUCGUCUUCGCUCUUGCAGCCUGGGCUUUGUAG